UUUUUUUUGCUUCCUCUCUUCGCAUCUCACAUCUGCAUGCAUGUAUGAAAAUUGAUGGCAUUUGUUUGGUGUGGAAAGCCUCCCUUUCUUGUUGAUAUAUUUGUAAUCGUCAUAUUUGGAUAUGUGUACGCUCGCUAGCUAAGAAGUUAUUCGUUAUGAAUUCGAGUUUGGGGUAGUUUUUGUCAGAUGCAGCCUUUAUUGCUGGUGGUUCAAUUGAUUGGUUUCUGUGAUAUGGGUUUUGUGGAUAGCAGAUUGUGUCAAUGGUGUUCGUUUUCGAGAUAUGGACGUUGAAUCUCCUUGAAAGUUGAUAUUUUGUUUGGCCCGACCCUGAGUAUCUCCCUGUCGAGUAUGGUCGUUGUGGGCGAGUGUGAUUUGCGCUGUUCCCGUCUCGAUUUUUUUUGGCAGAGCAGCAACGGCGCAAGUGCUUGAGAAGAGGGGAGUUGGACUGAACGACGUAUAUAUACGCCAUCCGCUUUGUAGACACCGCUCCACCUGCGAUGCACCAACACAUCGCCCCUCGAGCCGUAGGAGCGAAGCACACUCCAAUCGUCGAGUACCAGCAGCAAAACCCGCAUCGCCGAGUUUCGCACAACCCAAUGGCGCCGCAAAACCCAUGCCUUUCCCAUCCCCUCAAAAUGCUUGAGUCCACAUAUCCCUCCUUCGUUCCUUUCCCCCCCUCUCUCUCACCUACAACAAUCACAACAAUCAGCACACUCACCACAACAACCCAAGGCCUCGCUAAAACACCGCCCAAUGAUGGAAAAGCACGCUACCCACGCCUCGAUGCACCAGGGCCCCGCAAGCGUACAAUCAAAGUUCCUGAUGCAGCGCGAACAGCAAUCUUCCUGGCGGCUUGAUCCAACCGGCCCGCCUGAUUCCUCGAGCUCGGUGGCGGGUUCGUCCAUGGGUGCGUAGUUCAUUUUGUCUUGGGUUGGCUAUUUGUGGCGUUUCCCCCGUUUCCCGAUCUCUUUUUUGGGGGGGUUUUUUUUUUGGAAGGCGGAGGAGGUGUGAGAUUUUGCUGAUAUGGUGAUAUUCGAUAUAACCCCAGAUCCCAGUAACACGGGUGAUGAGUGAUGGUGAUGGGUUUAAUGAGAUGAUGCUGUUUGCGUGUCGUUAAAUGCCCGUGAUCAGGCGUUGGUAGCUGUUGUGCAGAUCGAAAAACGAUAAGUCGCCCCUGGAAAAAAAGAACAACAACAACAAUAACAACAAAAAGUUCGAGUCGCAAGUAUACCAGCAAGCAUGCGAAACUAACAAACUUCCGUGAUCAAUGACGUUGUUGAAAGCAAAAAUAAUCUCCGAUGAGAAAAGAAUAAAAAUUGGCGUCAAGGUGUCAGGGAAAU